UAAAAUUCCCGCGUCUAACAAUAAACAAAUGAGCGCAGCUCGGUCGGUAAAACAGUGCAACACAAACAAAAGAUGGCAGCAAGUUAGGCGCGACUACAGCGCCGCGGCGGCUCGUCUGGAGAGGCAGUCAGUCAACAUGGCCGCCGGCGCUGCGCGGCCGGUCGGACCGCGCCUCGCGUAGUGAUGUCCGCGUCCGCGCCCCACGCCCACGGGCGCACCCCCGUGCGGCGCAGGGGGCACCAGCACCACCCGCGCCUGCGGGGCGACCGCGCGCCCGCCCCCAGCGCGCCCGCCACCGAUCCGUCCAAACAAGUGACCUUACUCAGCCAAACAGACGAUGUUGUGCCUUGUGUCAAUAGUGUUAGUGAAUCUCAACAAGUGACAAGGACGAAUAGUGACGAUGCACUUUCGAAUCGAAAUAUAAUCGAGGACUAUGCGAAUAAUGAUGAAGAAAUUGAAUUUGAUACUAGAAUUAAGGACCCCGAGUCGCUCGAAACCUCAGACGAAGAAUUUUCGUUCCGCGAAGAGCGGUCGGCGGGAGACGGGGCUGAAUUUAUCACGACUGUCCCCUCAGAUAUAUCAGAUGAUGACCCUGAGACGGCAGAACUCGCCAAACUCAGGUGUACCAGCGAGUGCACGGAGGUGCUGGCAGAAAGAGAGAACAGGCGGAGGCGAAGAUGUGCCGACUAUCCCGGUUUGGCGUUCGGAAGUUCCAUAUUCUCUUCGGAUACUAUGAUGAAAUUCUCUAUCAUCAAAAAUGAGUUGCAGAACAUCAAGAACACUGCACUGAAAAGGGCCGAAUCCGAAGUAGCUGCCCUCAACCGACGCAUCCAACUGUUGGAGGAGGACCUCGAGAGGUCCGAGGAGCGUCUCGCCACCGCCACCGCCAAGCUGUCAGAGGCCAGCCAGGCUGCCGAUGAGUCGGAACGAAUACGGAAGGCGUUGGAGAAUCGAACCAAUAUGGAGGACGACCGCGUCGCCAUCUUGGAGGCACAGCUGUCGCAGGCCAAGCUCAUCGCCGAAGAGUCCGACAAGAAAUACGAAGAGGUGGCGCGCAAGUUAGUGCUGAUGGAGCAGGACCUCGAGCGGGCCGAGGAGCGCGCCGAGCAGAGCGACUGCAAAAUCGUCGAGCUUGAGGAGGAACUCCGCGUCGUUGGUAACAACCUGAAGUCCCUGGAAGUCUCCGAGGAGAAGGCAAUGGCGUCUCGCGAGCACGUCGAGGAUAAGAUCCACAGCCUCUCGCAGAAACUAUCGCAAGCUGAGGCGCGCGCUGAGUUCGCCGAGCGCUCCGUGCAGAAACUACAGAAGGAGGUCGACAGGCUUGAAGAUGACCUCAUCAACGAGAUCGAGAGGUACAACGAUAUCGGCUACGACAUCGACGACUCCUUCGUGGAGCUCAUCCCCGGCGUCGACCCCAACUACCGCCAGAUCGCCGCCGCCAAGGAGGCCGCGCGCAAGGAGUACGAGCGUCUGCAUCCCGCGCCGCCGCCCAAGGAGCCCUCGCCGCCCAAGGAGCCCGCGCCCGAAGCCGCCGCCCCGCCGCCCGAGGGCGCCGCCCCACCCGCCGACGGAGCUGCGCCUCCCGCCGACGGAGCCCCGGCUGCUCCUCCAGCAGACAGUGCCGCUCCCCCGGCUGAAGGUGCGGCUCCGCCCGCUGAUGGUGCAGCGCCACCGGCUGAAGGCGCAGCCCCUCCAGCCCCUCCUGCUGAAGGUGCAGCACCACCUGCCGAAGGCGCAGCACCACCUGCAGAAGGUGCGGCUCCUCCCGCCGAAGGAGCUGCGCCGCCGGCUGACGGAGCACCCGCCGCUGCUCCCCCAGCCGACGGUGCCGCUCCCCCUGCGGAGGGAGCAGCGCCUCCUGCCGAUGGUGCUGCUCCGGCUGCUCCGGCUGCUCCCCCAGCGGAAGGAGCGGCGCCGCCCGCCGAGGGUGCUGCGCCUGCUCCUCCCGCUGAGGGCGCUCCGGCUGCAGCGCCUCCCGCGGAAGGUGCUCCUGCUGCAGCACCUCCUGCGGAAGGUGCUCCGGCUGCACCCCCAGCAGAAGGGGCUCCGGCUGCAGCGCCGGCUGCCGACGCCGCCGCCGCACCCGCGCCCGCGCCCGCCGCCGAGCCCGCCCCCGCUGCCGCCCCGGCGGAGGCGGCGCCGGCUCCGGCUGAAGCAGCGCCAGCACCCGCGGCCGCGCCCGCGGAGCCCGCCCCGGCCGCGCCACCCGCAGAAGCCGCCCCGGCCGAAGCCGCGCCGCCCUCUUAAACACGACGACCCUUUGCUCGUUGAUAUCGGACUUUCUAUUACUCUGUGAACCGCGAUCCGGGUCGUGGUCCCGGUGGAAUUAUAGUGCGACGUCCCCCCGGAGAUUAUUUUUUAUGUUGACAAUAAACGUCUGAAACUAUAGCUGAUGGAAUUUCUGUCCCCCGUCGUGCCCCCGCGGGCCUCGCGAAUGCAUGCGUGUGCGUUUGGCAACUAACGGCUGUGGAGCCGAUACGAGUGACCGCGCCGGUGUCCGCAGACGAUCUGAUCGCCAGCAAGGAGGUGUUCCACGAGAUCGGCGGCGAGCUGGACUGCGCGUUCGACGACCUGGGGCUGCGCACGGCCGCCGUGCCGCCCUCGCGCGCCUGCGAGCGCUGCACGUGCUGCCACUGACGCCCGCACUCGCUCGCGACUUGCAUUUACGUUACACGUCCACCGCGCCUUCAUAUUCUAGUCAAUCAUUAAAACAUAACACAAAUUACAACAAAGAUGCUUUCUAACUGAGUUUGCAUGCUAAACUUCGACAUACUGGACCUUCCAUUUUGGACGCAAACAAAAAAGCUUAAAAUAUAACCCAGCGAGACCGACGCAUGGCUUCAGAAUAACAUGGAUCUAAACAUGUAAGCAUAUCUUUUUAUUACUACCACUUCGCCGCUAUUAGUAGCGCUUACAGACGGAUAAAUUGCAAAGAGAUAGUAGCUUCGGCUAAUCAUGUUUUAACAUCAGUCAGCCGUAUCUGCGCACAGAAACUGAGACAUAGACCACCAUUGAGCAUGAGGCUUUGAGAGAAUGCGCUUGUGCCCAGCACAGCCACAGUUGCGAGUCGGACCAUACAACACGUCGCACCGUCUGUAACCGCCAUUACGUUGAAACUAAUUUUCCUUACAACUUGACUUAGGAAAGAUGUAUUAUUGGAAUCUCAGGAGUUGCAGGAUUUUAAAUACUUUGAAAUACAAUUUAUUGAUGUUGAUAUGUUUGGGCAAAUGAUGUAAUUGUGUGUCCAAUGCGCAGACGAACUUGUCGCCGAGAAGGAGAAGUACAAGGACAUCGGAGACGAUCUGGACACCGCUUUCGUGGAGCUCAUCCUCAAGGAAUAAA